AAAACGUCAAAAGAAGUCUACGUCCGGCAGACCGAAACUUUGGCUUUGACCAACAUGAGUUACCACAGUAACACACAUGUGAGACUAGCAACUCGCUAAACUGCUUUUGUUGCUUAUUAAUAAGCUUUUUUGGUCUGUUAGCGUCAUGGCAAGGAUGUCUUGCGGAUUUAAACGAAACCGGAAGUAAACUGGAGUGACUACUCUCACUUUGCUUUAAUCUUCUCAGUUGUUGCCAUUGCCAGCAAAGGGGCUCUAGUGCCAGUAUGGUCGUACUGAGAGGAAUCCCUUCUGUUUUAUCACCUGAAAUGCUGUAUGCUCUCGCUAAAAUGGGCCACGGAGAUGAACUAGUUCUUGCUGAUGCAAACUUUCCAGCAUCUUCCAUUUGUGCUUGUGGUCCAAAAGAAAUAAGAGCUGAUGGUUUAGGAAUCCCACAGCUUUUGGAGGCCAUUUUGAAGCUGUUGCCCCUGGAUACCUAUGUCCCCUCUCCGGCUGCAGUCAUGGAUCUGGUAGACAGUGACAAACAGAGAUGUUUAGAUGUCCCUGUGUGGGGCACCUACACACGGCUCUUAGGUCAGGCUGGGUCUCAGACUCCGCUUGAGAAGGUGGAAAGGUUUGCUUUCUACGAACGAGCCAAGAAAGCCUACGCUGUUGUGGCAACAGGGGAAACAUCUCUGUAUGGUAACCUGAUACUGAAGAAGGGGGUCAUUCCUGCUGAGCUGCUACAGUGAUACACACACACACACACACACACACACAUUGUAAAGUAAUGAUGAUCUAAUGAUUUCAGUUACAACUGUAAUUCUUUCUCGUGAACAUCAGGAGAAGGUGAAAAUUUUGCAUAAAACCCAUUUUCAAUUUUGUUUAGUUUCGACCAGAUGCUGUGAGUUCAAAACAUCAUUUGUUCCCGGUUAUGUGUAAUUAAUACUGUAAAUAUUAUCUGAUAAAUCUCCAGUUUACAUGGAGCAGAAAUGAUUUUGUAUGUUUGUAACUACGUCAUACAUACAUUUCAAUAAAUAAAACACAUUAAGUCUUUGA